GAAAACGAAUUAAUGUAUAUUUGCUGUUGUGAGUUAAUUGAUGGGAAAAACCCUUUUUUAUGGCAGAAAUCAAUGUAGAACAACAAAAGCGCCUUUAAAUAAUACAAAAGGUAGUGAAAUUAAUCAAAAGAAUUUGCUUUAUGGAAGUAUUGAUUAUGCCAAAGCUUGGAAAUUAAAUUUAUAUUAAGAACCGAUAACAAAAGAUCAUAUUGAUAACGAAAAUGAAAAUUAUCUAAAAGCAGGUGAUAUAAUAUGGAUAGUUUUAUCUUAAAAAAAGUUUUAUUUGUCAUGUGAAAGAUUUAAUGAUCCUUUUAUUGACUUAAUGAUUUAACAAAAGUAAGAUUUGGAAAGAUAAAAAAUGAAUGAACUAUAAUAAAUAUUUUAAGUAAGCUAAGAAAAGCAAAUAGAAAAUUUAAAUAAAGAAUUAUUUGAAAAUUAUAAUACGUAAUUUUAAAGUAUAAAGAAUUCAAUUGAUAGUGAUAUGAUGCUUUUUUACGAAUUAAGUAAUAAUGGAUUAUUCAAAAUUGAACCUAUAAAUAUUUUUGAAGGAGGAGAAUUACAUUGGGGCGAAAAGUAUAGAAUUAAGCAUUUAAUUUCUGGAAAAUACUUAAAAUGUGAAAAAAAAAUUGGUAUUUUUAAUAAUAAUAAUGAAAAUCAAAUAAUAUAUGAAUUAGGAUUAACUAAUAUUUUAGAUAGUUAAACUUUAUUUAAAUUUGUUCCAAUAGAAAAUUUAUAAAACAAAUAUAUGUCAAAAAGCAACAUACAUAAAGAUGCUUAUUUUAGAUUAUAAUAUUAAGAUUAAGAAAAUAUUUUAUGGCUUGGAUUUUAAGAAGAGUUUAAUGACUAAAACUUAGAAUAAGAAUAAAAUAAUAAGCCCAUUUUUGAGAAAAAAUUAAGAGAUAUGAAUAUAUUUAGAUUUAGAAAGUCAGAAUAUUAAGAUAUUUGGGAAACUCAUUUUUUGUUAUCGGCUAUUCCUUUGUUCAUAUAGUUAUCAUUAAACAUAGUAAAUGUUACAAUGAAAGAAUUUGAAUUAAAGCAAUAAGAUUAAAAGUUUAUUUAUUUCGAAUUUAAUUUUGAUAAGGUUGUAAAUACAAUAAAGAAUUUAUAAGAAUUUAUAACAAACAAAAUUAUAUGUAAUAUAUCAAUGAAACACGAAUACAAUUAUCCUGCUUAAGACAGAUAGAAUAAAUUUAGAGAAUAAGGUUUAUUAGGAUUAUUUUGCUGGUUUUUAAUAAAAGUGUUUCCUUAAAAGGAAGAAUUUUAAAUAUUGGACUUAAAAGCAGAUGAAAGUCUUCUUUAGGAUGAAUAAGAUUAAGAAUUGUAGCAAAAUAUCAAACGAAAAGAAAAAAUAUAUAGAUAAUGUGUUUCUCACAUAAAAAAAAGAUAUAAAAUAUCUUAUGACAUUUAUAAUUUAAUUAAAUUAUCAUGCUAUAAAAAUAAUAUUAACUAAGAGUAUUUCUUUUAAUUUGCACAUAAUUUUGCACACCAUAUUGGUUAUGGAAAGUUUGUCACUGAAUCUUUCGAAUUUUGUUUUAAAGGAAAUUUUAAUAUUCUUUAAUCUUUGCACUAAUUCGAAUUUUAAAAAGACAAAGUUGAUUAAGUUGGACCUGAAUCUUCUAGUAAUAAUACGUUUGGACAUGAAGUUUCAACUGAAAGUUUCUUUAUUACUCUAAUAAAAAGAUUUAGAAGAAUGGAGCCUUAUACUAAAAAUGAUAUUUUAAGUCUUUUGGCUAGUUUUUGCAUUUUAGAAGAUAGUACUAUAUACAUUAACUAAGAGAAAAUAUUUUAAAGUUUUGUAGACAAUAGGACUAUUAUUUUUACUUAAUUGUUAAAAAUUAGAGAAGAAAAUGAUGAAAUUUUUAAAAUUUAAAUGAGAAAAAAAAAUCCAAAAACAGAAGAAUAUGAAAUAGUUUCUCGGUUAUUGGAAACUUUUGAUAAAAGAAAUAUUUAAAAUUAAAAAAAAAAUAUUACUAAUAAAAUUAUUGGAGAUUAUUUUUUAAGUUAAAUUGAUCUUUAUUGUAACAUGUGUGCUAAUAGAAAUUAUACUUGUGGAAAAGCCUUUGCUAAUAUAUUUUCAGCUAAAACGCUUUAGAAAUAUAUAAACUCUUCUUAAAUAAGUUUGGAUUUAAGAGCAAGAUUUUGUAGGCUUUAAAGAAAUAUCUAUAUAGAUAAAGAACCUAGAUUAAAAAUCUAAAAACCUAAUUUAGUAAGAAUUUUUAAGCCUUAGAAUGAUAAUAAUGAUUAAAAAAAAAUACUCAAUAUUUUGUUUGAUCCUAUUCUUAUAAAAAUGUCUAAAAAUCCUGAUUGUCGUGUAGGAAAAGAAAAAGAAGAAUAUAUUUAAAUGAAUAAGAAAAUAUUUGAGAAAUAUAAUGAUAAAAAUAGAGAAGAUGAUAUUUAUAUCAAAUUCAUUUAAAAUAAUGAUGCUGAAGAUAAAGAAUUUCUGGAUGAUAUAAAAAUUUUUAUUAAAAAAUAAUUAAAAUAAUGCUUUUAAGAAAUAAUGAAAUUCGAAAGCAUGAAAUUAGUUAAAUAAUUUGUAGAAUGUGAUUAUUCCUCAAAUCAAGAUAUCUAUAAUAAGAUAUUUAAUAAUUUUACUUAUGAAAUUAUUUAAAGUUUUCAUAUAAUGCUUAAGUUUGGUCUUUUCACUGAUUAUUCUGGAAAUAACUCUAGAAAUAUAUUUAAUGAUAUUGUUACUUAUCUUUCAUUUAUUUUAGAAUUCGAUAUAGAUUAUGCAUCUGAAUUAAUAAAAAAUGGAAGCAGAGGAAAAGAAUAAUAGAAAAUUCCCCCUUUGAAAAGAAGUAAAUAUUAAUUAAUUUUUAUAAUAAUAUUAUUUGUUUAAAAUUAAUAAUUAUAAGGUUAUAUUGCAAAUAAUGAGAAGUAAACAAAAGAAUAAUUAAAUAACAAUACCGAUUUAAUAAAUACUUUAAAAGUUUUUAGUGCAGUAGGUGGUUAAGGCUUAAAUGUUUUAAAAGGACUAACAAAUUUGGUUGUGAAAGAAGAUGAAGAAGAAGAUUAAACUGAAGAUAUAAUUAAAAAAAUAGAUAUUGAUUCUUAAAAUGAAAAAUCUACAUCUUUUCUUAAAACUUAUUAAAGCUUAUUAAAACUUUUAUAAAAAUAUACUAAUAAAACUUAUAAGAAAAAAGAAAUAAAAAUUAGUAAAGAUCUUGAAGCCUUAAUAAAAAUUGAAAUUUGUAAAAUUUAUGAAUAUUUAAUGGAUUGGCGUGAAGAUUUUUUCAUUAAUAAUAUAAUGAAAUAUUUUACUGAAAAAUUCUAUAAUAAAUAUUAAAUAUUGCUUGAAAAACCUCAGAAAAAUCAAGAAUUGGAAUAUUAAAAAUUAGAAAAAGAGCUAAAUUAAGAAUUGUAAGAAUCCCUUCCAGAAAAUAUGUUUUCAGUAGGUGAACCAAUAUUUAAGAAUUAAGCUUUUAGAAAAUUCAAGUAAUUUGGAUACGAAAAAAAUAAUACAAAAGAUGAACCCGAAGUAAAUAAUAUAGAUGACAUAAUAAAAAGACCUUUUGUAGAAAGUUUAAUAAUAGGAUUUUAUUUUGCAAUAGAUUCUGAUUUGUAAAAUAGUUUGAUGAACCUUAUUUACAGGUGUUAUAACCAAAAAUCUAAGUUUUUAAAAAAUUUAAAUAAAAUAAAUUUAGUCAAAAGCGGGUAAAGUGAUAGCGCUUACCAAAAAAUGAGCAAAUUAAUAAGCAAAUUAAAAGCUUUAAUUAGUUAUUCAUAAAGUUGGUUAUAAAUAAUUGAAUAAAAUAAUUAUAAUGAAAAAGCAGAAGAAAAUUUAGAUAUUACCUUAUAAAAGUUAAGUAAAUUACAUGAAAUAUUUGUUGAUUCUGAGGAUAAUUAAGAACAAUUCGAAGUUAGCUAAAAAAUAUUCAAACAUUUAGAAGGACAUAUUGUACUUUUUUAGUUUAUUGAAUAAGGAGUUUCCAUUUUAGAAUUAAAUGCCAAUUAUUUUUAAGAAUAUCAUACCGACUGUUAAUAUUCUUAUAAAAAAGAUUUUACAAAUAAAGUUAUUGAAGUUUUCAAAAAAUGUCAUUUUAUCUUAAUUUAAUUCUGCAAAAAAAAUAGAAAAAUACAAAAAAAUAUUUUUAAAAGUUAUGAAAAACUACUUUUAAACUAAAGCUAUAUUAAUAUAGGUUAAAUUGAUCUAAUUAAGGAGAUUUUUAAAGAAAAUAUUGAACUUUCUUACUAAGCAGAUGCUUAUUUUAAAUACAUUAAGAAAAUUAUUAAAAUACAUGGAAAAUAUCCUCAAUUACUAGAUUUAUUUCAAAUUUAGAUUUAAAAUUCUAUGAAAAGUGACAAUAAUGAAAUACAAAAAUAUGUUAUUGAUAACAUGUUUGAUCCUAAAUUUAUAUAAUACAUUAACGUAAAUAAAAUAAAAUUAUUAAAAGUUUUAAAAUUUAUAAAUAAAUAUAGCCAUUUUACGCAGAUAAUAGACGUGAUGAUGAUGAAUAAAUAUUACUUGUUUAAAAUGAUUCGAAAUAAUAUGAUUAAUUACAUAUCACAUCUAAAACCCCAGGAAAUUAAAGUCCUGAUAAGGCCGUAAAUCUUAAAUCUUUAAUAAAAGAAGGAAACAUAUAAAUAAAUGAUUUUAAUUAAGAUGAAAAAAUUGAAAAAGUUAAGUUUAAUAUAUAAAAAACAAUAAAAUUUUAUUAAAGAAAUUUAAACGAUGAAUAAACUUAAAAUGAAGAAUAUACAAUAAAAUAUAUUUAAAUUAUAGCUGAUGCUUUAAAAUUCUAAUAAUUAGGAAUUACAUUUAUAUAUAAAGCUUAUUAAAAUAUAAGAAUUAAAAUAUUAAUAUAAAAGUAAACUAAAAACUAAGAAAUAUAGCUUUGUUAUCAAAGAAUUUAUAAAUAAAAUUUAAUCCAACAUUAUCUGCAUUAAAAGUUAAAUAAUUAAUUUAUUUAUAAAAUAAUUAAAUUAAAAAUAUAUCUAUAUUUUAUUAAAGGAUUUGGUAUAAAAAUAAUAAUAAGCAAAUAAUUUUAUAUUAAAUAAUGAUGAUGAAUAUGAAGAUAAGUUGCCUGAAUAAUAAAAUUUUAAUAAUUAAUUUUCAAUAUCAAACGUAGUAAAAAAAAGUCAAGAUAGUAAUAGUAAGUAAAAAAAAAUGAUUAAUAAAUUUAAAAUAUACCUUAUGAUAAAUUAUCUAAAAUAGAAUAAAUAAAAAGAGAUUCUAUUCAUUUAAAAUUAUGGACAUUAUUAAAAAGGAAGCUUAAACAAUCACCGUAAAAAAAUAUUAAAAAAAACAAAAUAAAAUAAAAAAAGUGAAUUAAACGAAAUGAUAAAAGAAGAAAGAAGAAGAUUUUGUAAUUGUAUAACUGAGUUUGAAAAAUUUGUUGAAAAACCAAAAGAAGCAGCUGAAGAUUUAUUAAUUUGUAAAGAAGAUAUAAUAAAAAAGUUAUUAAUGUUCAUUUAAUAUUGGAGAUAAUUAGGAGCUUCAAAAGGGAGUGUUAUUUUUACAUUAAAGUCUUUAAGGCAUAUAGUUGUAAAGAAAGGACCUUAAGAAUUAGCUGAUUAAGAUAAAAGCAAAGAAUAAGAAUAAAAAAAAUUCAGAUAAAAUGUUAUGAAUGGAUUGAAUACUACUAGAAUAUGCAUUACACUUAUAAUGAAUGAAAGUUCUUAAGAUAAAAUUUAUUUGUAUUAUAUAUUCAGGCUUUUAAUUUCAUUAUUAGAUGAUGGUAACUAAAAUGUAUAAGAAACGGUAUAUAAUUUCUUUAUUCAUAAUUCUGAAAGUGAAAAAUUUUUCAAAUAAUUAUAUUAUAUUAUGAAUGAUGAAAUUAAUUAUAUAGCAAAAUACAAAGGAGAAAAAACAUCAAUAGGAUCAGGAAAAGGUUCAGGUAAAAAACCUUUAAUUGAAAAUGUUUUAAGAUUACUUUAAUUAUUCUGUGAAGGACAUAAUUAAAAAUUAUAAGAUUAUUUACGUUUUUAAAAAUCUUCAAAAAUAAAUUACGAUUUAAUAUCUUAAAUAGUGAAAUUGUUAGUCUCUAUUAAAAUCUCAAAUGAAACUUAUGGAGCAGUUAAAUAAUGUUUUGAUACUCUAACUGAAGUAGUCUAAGGUCCUUGCAAAGAAAAUUAAUUGACUAUUAUAUAAUCUAAGUUUUUAGAUUAUGCCUUGGAUUUAUUAAAAGAAGAAAAUGUUUAUGCAUAAGGAGUUGAUAAUAUAGUAGAGGAAAUUUAAGAUGAAGAAGAAGUUGAAUAAAUUAAAAACUCUUAACUUUAACAAAAGGGUAGAUAAAGUGGCUAAUUUGUCUAAAAAAAAUCUGAUUAGGAACCUCUUUUAAAUGGUUAAUAGAAAAUAGCAAAAGAAUAAUAAGAAGUUUAUGAUUUUGUUAAAGAGUUUACAACUGAACAAAAAAAAGAAUAAUAAAACUUUAUUAUGGGAGGUAUUAUUGGAGACCUUACUAACUUAACUUCUUCUUUAAUUAAUGCUGGACUUGGAGCGGUUGUUGCUGUGGGAUAGAAAGCUUUAGAAUUAGGUUAAGAUAGUGAAGACGAUUAAUAUAAAGUAUUAAAUUAAUUAAAAUAAAGACAAGAAAUUUAAAUGUUAAGAAGAGAAACCUUUAAGUUUUUUUGUGAUAAUACUAUACAUAUAGAAAUGCUUAGAGGCGAUUAAUUAACUAUUUUAUAUUUUCCUAAAUUACCUUAUUGUCAUUUACCAAAAGAAAAUAAAGAACUUUUUCAUGAAAAUGUAGAUUAUAACAGUGACAAAGGUAAAUUAAGAACUUUAAUUGAAGAAUCUGAAUAUUUUAUAAAAGUAAUGGAACAUGAAGAGAAAUGUAAAAAACUAUUUAAGAAAUCAUUUAUAACUGGUUUAAUAGCUGAAAACAAAGGUUUAUGGGAAAACUUGGCAUUUACAUGCAAUUGUAUAAUAAAUAUAUUAAUAUUGGCAUCAUAUGGCGUAUUAAAAGGAGAAAGAGAACUAUUAAUAAUAAAAGCAACAACCCCAAACGGAAUAGACAUUGAUUAUUACAAAUCUUUGCUAUAAACUAGUAGAAUAUAAGAUCCUCGGCUUUUUCAAGUUGAUAGAUUUGAUUGGACUCUAAAUUUAAUAUAAGCAUUUGGAUUAACAAAUUUAGUAUUUAGUUCUUUAGUUAUAGUAUUAUUUUUUGUAAAAAAGGCUCCUCUUUUAUUAGAAGAUAUGUGGCGGAAUUGGUAUUCAAAAAAUUAAGGAUUAACUUAAAAAUUAAUAUAUAUAAUACCUUUAUUAUUGUAAUCUCUGAAAACUUGCCUUACUGAUUUCGACUUUGUAUAUUAUACUUGCUAUAUUUCUUUUUGUAUAAUAGGUUUAGCCGUUCAUCCUUUUUUUUUUGGAUUUUUAAUUGUUGAUUUUAUGAGAAUCAAGCUGCUUAAAAAUGUUGUAAAAGCUGUUUAUAUUCCUAGAGUUGAUCUUGCACUUACAUUUAUGGUUUUUGUACUUAUUCAAUAUUACUUCACGAUUAUUUCCUAUAUUCUAUUGUAUGAUUAAUAUUUGGACCAUGGAGGGUCUUGUACAAUUUUAUGGAAAUGUUUCUUGUAUACAUUUAAUUGGACUUUUAAAGAAACUGGGUCUAUUGGAGGUUUACUUAUUGAUCCAGAUAUUAAAAAUAAAGUUUUAUAGCCAAUUAUUUCAGUUGAUGACAAUGGAAAUAUUUAAGUUGAGGAAAUUGUGAAUAAAUAAUUUUUAGGAAGAUUUUUUUAUGAUAAUUUGUUUAUUUUUAUACUUGUUAUUCUACUUAUUAAUAUGGUUGCAGGUAUUAUUAUUGAUAACUUCUCUGCUUUAAAAGAUGAAACUUAAAGCAAAGAAAGUUCGUUGGAAAGAAAAUGUUUUGUUUGUGGAAUUGAUCGGGAAUUAAUAGAAAAAUCUUAUGAUGAUGUCUAAGAUGGAUUUUUAUAACAUUUGAAGAGAGAUCAUUAUAUGUGGAAUUAUGUAUAUUUUAAAGCUUAUUUAAACAUGAAAGAUUCCAAAGAGCUAACAGGAAAUGAAAGUUACGUCAAAGAAUAGUUAAAGACUUUAGAUGUUUCUUGGUUCCCAGUAAAAAGGUCAUUAAAUAUUAUUGAUGAAGAUAUGAAAAAUGAAUUAGCGAGAAAAGAAUAAAUUGAUAAAUAUGAACACAUAUUUAUUUAUUUAAUUUAAACAAAAUAAUGGUUUCAUGAUGUUAAAGCUGAAACAUUAACAAAUUUAAAUUAUCGUGAAUAUAUUUUCUCUUCAGAAUCAAAUAUUUUUGUAGAUUUUUUUACUCCAUGGUGCAUGUAUUGUAGGCAAAUGGCGAAUGAAAUAAACUUAUUAUUUGAUCAUUACCAAAAAGAGAAUUCUAGAAAAGACGUGAGAAUUGUAAAAGUUAAUUGUGACGACGAAGUUGAAGUUUGUAGAUAUUUCAAAGUUAGUUCUUAUCCUACAAUAUUACUUUUUAAAAAAGGUUAAAGUGAAUAACCUAUUAAUUUUGAAAGUUAUAGACUAUUUUUAUAUUUGAUGUAGUUUAUAGAAGAUAAUAUUGAACCCGAAAAUAAAAAAUUUUAUAACCCAUUUUAAUAAAACUAAAAAAAUAAAUUAAUGUGA